UAGAAGACAACACCCAUGACAGAGCACUAUAGACCACAGGACAUUCACACAAGGACGAUUUUAUUAGACGCACAUAUACGCGCACACACACACAGUUUCUUUGCCAGUUUACCUAACCUCCAUGUUUUUUGGACUGUGGGAAGAAAUCGGAGAGCCCAGAGGAAACGUCCACAGAUACGCGGAGAACAUGGAAGCUCCACUCCUCUCCAACCCACUCCAUUCCAAUCUAGCGCUGGAGGGCGGUAGAGGUGCUGUUGAUGCCACGACUUACAAGACCUCAGCAACAUGGAAGCAGAUCUGUAUGAUGAGUUUGGUAACUACAUCGGCCCAGAGCUAGACUCUGAUGAAGAUGAAGAGGUAGAAGCAGAGGAGCGAGAUGCAGCCGAGGCUGAUGAUGAUGAUGAUGAUGAUGACCAGGCUGAGGGGGAUGAAGAUGGAGGAGGAAUGGAGGUGGUCCUGCAUGAGGAUAAGAAGUAUUAUCCUACUGCAGAGGAAGUCUAUGGGCCUGAGGUGGAGACCAUUGUCCAAGAAGAGGACACGCAGCCGCUUACUGAGCCCAUUAUAAAACCUGUAAAGAUGAAGCAGUUUUCGCUUAUUGAGCAGGAGCUGCCAGCUACAGUUUAUGACAUGGAGUUCCUUGCUGAUCUGAUGGACAGCCCAGAGCUGAUUCGAAAUGUCACUCUGUGUGGACACUUACACCAUGGCAAGACAUGCUUUGUUGACUGCUUGAUUGAACAGACUCAUCCGGAAAUCCGCUCACGAGAUGAUAGCGAUCUCCGGUAUACAGAUAUUCUUUUCACUGAACAAGAGAGAGGUGUUGGUAUUAAGAGCACACCUGUGACAAUGGUUCUCCCUGACUCUCGAGGGAAAUCAUACCUGUUCAACAUUAUGGACACUCCAGGUCAUGUGAAUUUCUCUGAUGAGGUAACGGCAGGGAUCCGUAUCUCAGACGGCAUUGUGCUCUUCAUAGAUGCUGCAGAGGGGGUGAUGUUGAACACAGAGCGACUGAUUAAGCACGCAGUGCAGGAGCGAUUAGCUAUAACCAUCUGCAUUAACAAAGUGGACCGACUGAUAUUGGAGCUGAAAUUACCUCCCACUGACGCCUACUACAAACUGCGCCACAUAGUGGAUGAGGUCAAUGGCAUGCUCAGCACAUACACCACUGAUGAGUCUCUGGUGGUGUCUCCUCUGCUGGGCAACGUGUGUUUUGCUUCAUCACAGUACAGCAUCUGUUUUACACUAGGAUCAUUCGCCAAGAUCUACUCCGAUACCUAUGGUGACAUAAACUACACUGAGUUUGCAAAGAGGCUCUGGGGUGACAUCUACUUCAACCCCAAAACGAGGAAAUUCACUAAGAAAGCCCCCACCAGUAACUCCCAGCGCAGCUUCGUGGAGUUCAUUCUGGAGCCGCUCUACAAGAUCCUGUCACAGGUGGUUGGUGAUGUGGACACAUCUUUGCCACGUGUGCUGGAUGAGUUGGGGAUCCACCUCACCAAAGAAGAGCUCAAACUCAACAUUAGGCCUCUGCUACGCCUUGUCUGCAACCGCUUCUUUGGGGAGUUCACAGGUUUUGUGGACAUGUGUGUGCAGCACAUCGCCUCUCCUCAUGGGGGCGCCAGAGCCAAGAUUGAGCACAGCUAUACCGGCGGACUGGACUCAGACCUGGGCGAGGCCAUGUCUGAAUGUGACCCUGAUGGUCCUCUGAUGUGUCACACCACCAAAAUGUACAGCACGGAUGAUGGGGUCCAGUUCCACGCCUUUGGCCGGGUUCUGAGCGGAACCCUGCAAGCAGGCCAGCCUGUGAAGGUUCUAGGAGAGAACUACACCCUGGAGGAUGAAGAGGACUCUCAGAUCUGCACCGUGGGACGCCUGUGGAUCUCUGUCGCCAGGUAUCAGAUUGAGGUGAAUCGUGUCCCUGCUGGUAACUGGGUGCUAAUUGAAGGUUGUGACCAGCCCAUUGUCAAAACAGCCACAAUCACUGAGCCGCGGGGCAAUGAAGAGGCACAGAUUUUUAGGCCGUUGAAGUUCAACACUGCGUCAGUGAUCAAGAUCGCUGUGGAGCCUGUGAACCCCUCUGAACUGCCCAAAAUGCUGGAUGGACUGCGUAAAGUCAACAAGAGCUACCCCUCCCUCACAACUAAGGUGGAAGAGUCAGGCGAGCAUGUGAUCCUGGGGACAGGUGAGCUGUACCUGGACUGUGUAAUGCAUGACCUGAGGAAGAUGUACUCAGAGAUUGACAUCAAGGUGGCUGACCCAGUGGUGACUUUUUGUGAGACUGUGGUGGAAACAUCCUCCCUCAAAUGCUUUGCUGAGACACCCAAUAAAAAGAACAAGAUCACAAUGAUUGCUGAGCCUCUGGAGAAAGGCCUGGCUGAGGACAUCGAGAACGAGGUGGUGCAGAUUACAUGGAACAGGAAGAAACUGGGAGAGUUUUUCCAGACCAAGUAUGACUGGGAUUUGCUGGCAGCCCGUUCAAUCUGGGCUUUUGGGCCAGACACUACUGGGCCCAACAUCUUGGUAGACGAUACGCUGCCCUCUGAGGUGGAUAAGGCUCUCCUUGGCUCAGUGAAGGACAGCAUCGUGCAGGGUUUCCAGUGGGGCACUAGAGAAGGCCCUCUGUGUGACGAGCCUAUCCGGAACGUGAAGUUUAAGAUUCUGGAUGCGGUAAUAGCCCAGGAGCCAUUACACAGGGGAGGAGGUCAGGUCAUCCCGACUGCUCGCAGAGUUGUUUACUCUGCCUUCCUUAUGGCCACGCCCAGACUGAUGGAGCCCUAUUACUUUGUGGAAGUUCAAGCUCCUGCUGAUUGUGUGUCUGCUGUCUACACAGUACUGGCACGCAGAAGAGGUCAUGUGACCCAGGAUGCACCAAUCCCAGGCUCCCCACUAUAUACAAUCAAGGCUUUUAUUCCUGCUAUUGACUCAUUUGGCUUUGAAACGGACCUCCGAACACACACACAGGGACAGGCCUUUGCUCUCAGUGUGUUCCACCACUGGCAGAUUGUUCCUGGUGAUCCUCUGGAUAAGAGCAUUGUGAUUCGUCCACUGGAGCCUCAGCCCGCCCCUCACCUAGCCAGAGAGUUCAUGAUCAAGACCCGCAGACGCAAGGGGUUGAGUGAGGAUGUCAGCAUCAGUAAAUUCUUCGAUGAUCCUAUGUUGUUGGAGCUGGCCAAGCAGGACGUGGUGCUGAACUACCCCAUUUAAUGAAAAGGGCAGCCACUGCCCCCUCACCCCCUCACCCCUUACCCAGCUGUGAAGACACGCUCCAGCUGCCUCACCCAGCGAAAACGUGCUCCAGCUGCCGCUCACAUGCUCGCUGGCCCAAAAGCAACAGAAACUCCUCUCUUUUAAUUUGGAGCGCUGAGUUUGAAAAUGCAAACACAGAAGAGUAGUCAUCUGGACCAUUACUUCUGAAAUCGGCUUCACCUUGUUGCUCUUUAUCUGUGCUCAAAUCAGUACCUGAUCUAUGUGUCUAACUGACUACCCUGUGAGCAGUGUGUGUGUGUGUGUGUGAUUAUGUCCAAGUACAAGCAGAUUUUUGUACAGUUAAACAAAGGGGGAAAGAAAGCAUUUGUCUUUUUUUAUAGAAACUGAGGAAGUUUAUGUAAGGGUUGAAAUAAUAAAAUAACUUUUCAUGAA